AUGAAUUCCACUACCAACAUAUUCCACGCAAUUACAAAAACACAGCAGAAAUACGUUUUCCGAAGAUCCAACUUCAAAACUGUUGCCUAUUCUUUGCUUUGUGUUCUCGGCUUGUACGCACUCGUGGCGAAUGGUGUGGUCCUAUACCUUAAGAGAACUCAAAGGAAAAACACAAAAGCCAAAGGAAGUCUAAUAGCAUUUAGUCGGUUCCAUGUUAUAAGCAGCUACGUGGAAAGUUUGUCAGUGUCUCAUUUCUUGUGCGCGUGCCUUGUCAUUCCGCUCGUUGUUAUGCAGCAAUUCUUCGACUUGAUUGACACCGACUUCAAAUGUAAACUGAUAAGGUGCAUUUAUUAUUUCUUUCCACUGGUGACCACGAACAAUCUGUUUGUAAUUGGGAUAGAAAGAUACAUCGCCGUUUUCCAUCCGCAAAAAGUACCUUCCUCAAGGAUCCUGCGCUGUACCAUCGCUUGUGCCUGGAUACUAGCAGCUCCAGUCUCAAUCAUAUUAUCAGCCAUGUACAAUCUAAUACGCGUCGACAUCGAUGAAGAAACUUACACCAUGAAGUGCUUGUAUGAUAAAGCCUCUCUUGCUAAAAAAGUUGUUUUUCUGGUAUUAGCUGUUUGUUAUUAUAUCAUUCCUAGCGUACUCCUCUCUGUAUUGAACAUUAAAAUUGCUCGAUAUUUGAGCCGACUGCAAACUAAAAGUGUAGGCAAAAAGAACUGGAUAUUCCAUGGGGUGUCGACUUUUGUUGUUCUCAUCUUUUGCUUUAUAAUUCCAUUCAUGGUUUUCUUCGUUAGCUCUGUAAUUAAUAUAUACCAAAUACCCAAUUUAAAAUUCGAUAUUCCUAUUGGACACAUUGGUCUAAUAGCAGUCUAUGCCAAUUCAGCCAUCAGUCCCACUGUUCUGCUCUUGAAUAUGAAAGAUCUUCGCGUAAUGCUAAAAGAUUUGCUUGGAUGCAUGCGCAAUAAUCCUGGAAAUAAGACACAGGACGUCGAUAUGCAAGAACGACCAAACAAAAAAUAUGGCGUUAAUUCUGAUACUGACAUCGAAGAAAGCGUAAGAGGAGAAAGACAUCAAAUAGGCAUCUCGGCCAUAUAA